AUAUUGUCGGCAGGGGGCGACAGAGAGCAGGACAUCACAACAUUUAGCAGAAGAAGAAAGAAGCAGGAAGUGAUAACAAAUAAUCAUUUACUACGUGGCUUUAAACAUGGCUACCGGAGCGGACCAGGCUGUUGGGAUGAGUCUGGUUGGGUUCAGCCUGCUGCUGUUCACGUAUUACACGGUGUGGGUCAUAGUGCUGCCUUUUGUGGACGGCGAUCAUGUCCUUCACAAAUACUUCCUGCCUCGGGAAUACUCGGUUAUCCUGCCGGGAAUCGCUGCGGUGGUCCUGCUGCUCUGCAUAGGAGCCUUCGCUGCCGUCGUCAUUUGGAAAAGUCGUAAACCAAAGAAGGACUGAGCUCCGUCAGCGGCGAGGAGACGAGCGGUUUCCUGCUAAACGCCGGCACACAUGUUCUGCUCGCCGCUUUAGAUUUAAAAGUCUUUAUGUUCGGAUCCGUUUUGGGAUUCAUUGACAGAAGAGGAACACGUUUCUCCACACAUGCAGCCAGACGUCCUGAUGAUUUCAGACACGCCUCCAGCAGAACUCUGACCCGAUCACACGUCUGGGUUCUGCUGAAACCCGACGGCAGAACGGAGCGUGUUCUGCUCUGGUUCUGUGAGGAACCUUCUCAGAUCUAACACCUGGAGACGAAGCGACCAUUAAACCGAGGCUGAUGUGUUAAAUGAUGAAAACUGAGUCAAUGUUUGUCGUUUGGAGAGAAAAAUGUCUGAAUCUUCUGUGAAAGUUUAUUUAGAGAAAUAAAUAAAAUAAAUGUUUACAGAUAGUUUUAAUUA